AUGAAGUAUCAUUUGAUUGCCAUUGCUGCCAUCUUGGCCUUCUUUACUUCUUCAGCUCAUGCUCAAGAAACACUUGGAAAUAGUGUGGUUGCGGGCACUGAAGAAGGAAUCAAUUUGAAUACGAAUACGGACACCUUGACAAGCACGACGGAUGAUGCAGCCCGUCAUGUUGGUGCGAAUACGGUGGAAUACGUGGAUGAAACUACCGACAGAAGCACACCGAUAAGCUACAACUCGUUAAAGUCGGGUGGCGUUGAAAGCACCACUGAUGACGGUUCUACCAAUGACGGUUCGAUUGAUGACGGUUCGAUUGAUGACGGUUCGAUUGAUGACAGUCCUUCCCCUGCUCCUGCCGCCGAAACAAGCAACGCGUGUCGCACUGUUCUUGCUGCUAGUGCCAGUAUAGCUGCGAUUGUCGUGGCUACCAUGUUGUAG